AUGUUUGUUUCCACAGUGGCAAAUGUGAAACCACAAACAACGACUGCACCAAAAAUAGAUGAUGGCAAGAUCAAGAACUUGUUGAAGAAUUAUAAACAAGCUCAUGAUGAAGAGAAGAAGUUAAAGGGAGUGAAAAAUAAACUGAAACAACUGAAACAUGCAGUGAAAAGCAAACUAACCAAAAAGUCAAAACUGGAUAGAAAACUGUCUGUUAAGGCUGCGGAACAAGGAUUAAUGCUUGAUGCCCAUAACAGAGUGCUAAAGGUACUGACAAACAAUAUUGUCAAGAUCAACCAAGCUUUUGUCGGGCUACGCCAGUACCAGAAAUUUCUAUGGCGAAAGAUCCGUGCUGCAUUGAUAGGGAAAAGAUAUACCAAGAAUCAAAUAAAAGGUGUAAAUAAAAAGACCAGUCGACUAGCAAAGACCAAUAAAUUGUAUCGUAAAUAUUUUCAAAGGCUUUGGAGAAGAAAUGCUAGGUUAUGGAAAACUAUGUGGUCGAUUCGUGGACAACUGAAGAAGCAUAUUAACUUAGUGCCAAAACAGAUGAAGAAAUACUUGAUAGCACUUGCAUUGUUAACGAGGAAAUCUUAUGUUCUGAAUGACAAAAUAAAUAGAAUCAUGCGAUUCCUUGCUGCAAUGAAGAGAAGUGUGAUGAUCAAUAGGAAGACAAAACAGAACAUCAACAGAAACAUAAGAAACCUGAAGAGAUCACUGCAGAUGUUGCAACAAGUAAUACGACAUGUUGCUGGCCCUGUGAUUGCAGGAAGAACUAAGACUGACGCUGCAGUUAAAAUCCUGUUGAAAGAAGUAGCUGGGAUACAUCAGUUCAAUAAAGAUAUAAAACAGACUGUGGCCUACUCAGCAAAAGAUGUCUCCAUAGCAGUACAACAACUUAGAAAGAUCCAGAAAAAGUCUUCCAACUUUGUGAAGCAGCUUUGGAAGCAGAGGAGAUUGACUUACUCAUUAAUUAGGGACAUGAAACGCCUAGCAGCAACAAAACAAGCAAACGUUAUUGCACCAUCUCCAGCUAUAGCUCCUGUAUUGCUGAAAUCACUAACUAAGAUACACACAGUGGAAGCACUUUUGGCGAGGAAAAUAUUCCACAAUCGUCAGCUGUUGAAGAAGUUAGAGAAUCAUGUUUCAAAACAAGCAAGAAUGACAAGAAUAGUGAACAGAAAACUUUCACACAUUGACAGAAAGACAACCAGAAAGUUACAGAAACAAGUGAGACAUCUGCAAAGGCUGAUGGUGAAACAGAAAAUGUUGCACAAGACCAUGGCUCAUGGUGUAGUGAAAGCACCAGUAUUGUAUGCAAGCCAAAGAAACAUGGCAUGGAAACUAAAAAAGAUGGAACGGAGGUCAAGACUGAUGAAUCGCCUGACAAGAGUCAUGUUCAAUAAAUUAAGGAAGGGACAAGUUAAGAUGAAACUUUCUGUAAAAAAAAUGGUCAGACAUGUUAGGAUAAUGAAGAAGCAAAAGAAGAUAUUACUGAAAAGAAAACAAAAGGAAUGGAUAAAAAUGAAAAAGAAACUGUGGCAUAAUAUACUUUAUGGCAAGUUAAGACAUGGGAAUUGGUACAAAAUUAUGAAAAAAUUGAAAAAAUGGAGAAAUGCAAGAUAUCAUAAGGGCAGGAGAGGACGACUGCGAAGAAAAGGUAGAAAGUGGAAGAUGCGCAGAGGAAGGAAAGGCAUAUGGAGGAGAGGCAAAAAGCGGAAACGUAAGGGCAGGAGAGGACGACUGAGGAGAAAAGGUAGAAAGUGGAAGAGGGGCAGGGGAAGGAAAGGCGUAUCGAGGAGAGGCAGAAAGCGGAAACGUAAGGGCAGGAGAGGGCGACUGAGGAGAAAAGGUAGAAUGUGGAAGAGGCGCAGGGGAAGGAAAGGCGUAUCGAGGAGAGGCAGAAAGCGGAAACGUAAGGGCAGGAGAGGGCGACUGAGGAGAAAAGGUAGAAAGUGGAAGAGGCGGAAAGGAAUAUCAAUGAAAGGCAGAAAGCGGAAACAUAAGAGCAGGAAAGGACAACUACGGAGAAAAGGUAGAAAGGGGAAGAGGCGCAGAGGAAGGAAAGGCAUAUCAAAGGAAGGCAGAAAGCAGAAACAUAAGAGCAAGAUAGGACGACUGAGGAGAAAAGGCAGAAAGUGGAAGAGGCGCAGAGGAAGGAAAGGCAUAUCAAAGAAAGGCAGAAAGUGGAAACGUAAGGGCAGGAGAGGACGACUGCAGAGAAAAGGUAGAAAGUGGAAGAGGCACAAAGGAAGGAAAGGGGUAUUGAGGAGAGGCAGAAAGCGAAAACGUAAGGGCAGGAGAGGACAAUUGAGGAGAAAAGGCAGAAAGCGGAUGAGGCGCAGGGGAAGGAAAGGCGUAUCGAGGAGAGGCAGAAAGCGGAAACGUAAGGGCAGGAGAGGACGACUGAGGAGAAAAGGUAGAAAGCGGAAGAGGGGCAGGGGAAAGAAAGUCGUAUCGAGGAGAGGCAGAAAGCGGAAAGGUAAGGGCAGGAGAGGACGACUGCGGAGAAAAGGCAGAAAGCGGAGGAGGGGCAGGGGAAGGAAAGGCGUAUCGAGGAGAGGCAGAAAGCGGAAACAUAAGGGCAGGAGAGGACGACUGCGGAGAAAAGGCAGAAAGCGGAAGAGGGGCAGGGGAAGGAAAGGCGUAUCGAGGAGAGGCAGAAAGCGGAAACGUAAGGGCAGGAGAGGACGACUGAAGAGAAAAGGCAGAAAGCGGAAGAGGGGCAGGGGAAGGAAAGGCGUAUCGAGGAGAGGCAGAAAGCGGAAACGUAAGGGCAGGAGAGGACGACUGCGGAGAAAAGGCAGAAAGCGGAAGAGGGGCAGGGGAAGGAAAGGCUUAUCGAGGAGAGGCAGAAAGCGGAAAGGUAAGGGCAGGAGAGGAGGACUGCGGAGAAAAGGCAGAAAGCGGAAGAGGGGCAGGGGAAGGAAAGGCUUAUCGAGGAGAGGCAGAAAGCGGAAAGGUAAGGGCAGGAGAGGAGGACUGUGGAGAAAAGGUAGAAAAUGGAAGAGACGCAGAAGAAGGAAAGGCGUAUUAAAGACAGUCAGAAAGCGGAAACGUAAGCGCAGGAAAGGACAACUACGGAGAAAAGGUAGAAAGGGGAAGAGGCGCAGAGGAAGGAAAGGCUUAUCAAAGAAAGGCAGAAAGCUGAAACGUAAGAGCAAGAAAGGACAACUGCGAAGAAAAGGUAGAAAGUGGAAGAGGCACAGGGCAAGGAAAGGCAUAUCGAGGAGAGGCAGAAAGCAGAAACGUAAGGGCAGGAAAGGACGACUGCCGAGAAAAGGCAGAAAAUGGAAGAGGCGCAGAGGGAGGAAAGGUGUAUUAAAGACAGGCAGAAAGCGGAAACGUAAGAGCAGGAAAGGACAACUACGGAGAAAAGGUAGAAAGGGGAAGAGGCGCAGAGGAAGGAAAGGCGUAUCAAAGAAAGGCAGAAAGCAGAAACGUAAGAGCAAGAAAGGACAAAUACGGAGAAAAAGUAGAAAGUGGAAGAGGCGCAGAGGAAGGAAAGGCAUAUCAAAGAAAGGCAGAAAGCGGAAACAUAAGAGCAGGAAAGGACAAUUACGGAGAAAAGGUAGAAAGGGGAAGAGGCGCAGAGGAAAGAAAGGCAUAUCAAAGAAAGGCAGAAAGCAGAAACGUAAGAGCAAGAUAGGACGACUGAGGAGAAAAGGCAGAAAGGGGAAGAGGCGCAGAGGAAGGAAAGGCGUAUCAAAGAAAGGCAGAAAGUGGAAACGUAAGGGCAGGAGAGGAGGACUGCAGAGGAAAGGUAGAAAAUGGAAGAGGCGCAGAGGAAGGAAAGGUGUAUUGAGGAAAGGCAGAAAACAGAAACCUAAGGGCAGGAGAGGACAACUAUGGAGAAAAGGUAGAAAGUGGAAGAUGCCCAGAGGAAAGAAAGGCAUAUCGAGGAAAGGUAGAAAGUGGAAACAAAGGGGCAGAAAACCCAAAUUAUCUCGUCUUUAUUGGAAAGGUAAAAAGUUGAAGAGGCGUAGAGGAAGGAAAGGCGUAUGGAGGAAAGGCAGAAAGCAGAAACGUAAGGGCAAGAAAGAAGAACUGCAGAGAAAAGUUAGAAAGUGGAAGAGGCGCAGAGGAAGGAAAGGCGUAUCAAAGAAAGGCAGAAAGUGGAAACAAAGGGGCAGGAAACACAAAAUAUCUCGACUUUAUUGGAAAGGUAGAAAGUGGAAGAGGCGCAAAGAAAGGAAAGGCAUAUCAAUGAAAGGCAGAAAGCAGAAACGUAAGGGGAGGAAAGGAAGACUGCAGAGAAAAGGUAGAAACUGGAAGAGGCGCAAAGGAAGGAAAGGUGUAACAAAGAAAGGCAGAAAGCAGAAACUUAAAGGCAGGGAAGGACAACUUAAGAAAAAAGGUAGAAAGUGGAAGAGGGGCAGAGGAAGGAAAGGCUUAUCAAAGAAAGGCAGAAAGCGGAAACGUAAGGUCAGGAAAGGACAACUACAGAGAAAAGUUAGAAAGUGGAAGAGGCACAGAGGAAGGAAAGGCGUAUCAAAGAAAGGCAGAAAGCGGAAACAAAGGGGCAGGAAACGCAAAAUAUCUCUACUUUAUUGGAAAGGUAGGAAGUGGAAGAGGCGCGGAGGAAGGAAAGGUAUAUCAAUAAAAGGCAGAAAGCAGAAACGUAAGGGGAGGAAAGGAAGACUGCAGAGAAAAGGUAGAAAAUGGAAGAGGCGCAAAGGAAGGAAAGGUGUAACAAAGAAAGGCAGAAAGCAGAAACGUAAAGGCAGGAAAGGACAACUUAAGAAAAAAGGUAGAAAGUGGAAGAGGGGCAGAGGAAGGAAAGGCUUAUCAAAGAAAGGCAGAAAGCGGAAACGUAAGGUCAGGAAAGGACAACUACAGAGAAAAGUUAGAAAGUGGAAGAGGCACAGAGGAAUUAAAGGCGUAUCAAAGAAAGGCAGAAAGCGGAAACAAAGGGGCAGGAAACGCAAAAUAUCUCGACUUUAUUGGAAAGGUAGGAAGUGGAAGAGGCGCGGAGGAAGGAAAGGUAUAUCAAUAAAAGGCAGGAAGCAGAAACGUAAGGGGAGGAAAGGAAGACUGCAGAGAAAAGGUAGAAAAUGGAAGAGGCGCAAAGGAAGGAAAGGUGUAACAAAGAAAGGCAGAAAGCAGAAACGUAAAGGCAGGAAAGGACAACUACAGAAAAAAGGUAGAAAGUGGAAGAAGCGCAGAGGAAGGAAAGGCUUAUCAAAGAAAGGCAGAAAGCUGAAACGUAAGGGCAGGAAAGGACAACUACAAAGAAAAGUUAGAAAGUGGAAGAGGCGCAGAGGAAGGAAAUUCGUAUCAAAAGAAGGCAGAAAGCGGAAACAAAGGGGCAGGAAACGCAAAAUAUCUCGACUUUAUAGGAAAGGUAGAAAGUGGAAGGGGCGCGGAGGAAGGAAAGGCAUAUCAGUGAAAGGCAGAAAGCGGAAACGUAAGGGGAGUAAAGGAAGACUGCAGAAAAAAGGUAGAAAAUGGAAGAGGCGCAAAGGAAGGAAAGGUGUAACAAAGAAAGGCAGAAAGCAGAAACGUAAAGGCAGGAAAGGACAACUACAGAAAAAAGGUAGAAAGGGGAAGAGGCGCAGAGGAAGGAAAGGCUUAUCAAAGAAAGGCAGAAAGCUGGAACGUAAGGGCAGGAAAGGACAACUACGGAGAAAAGUUAGAAAGUGGAAGAGGCGCAGAGGAAGGAAAGGCGUAUCAAAGAAAGGCAGAAAGUGGAAACGUAAGGGUAGGAAACAACAACUACUGAAAAAAGGUAGAAAGUGGAAGAGGAGCAAAGGAAGGAAAGGAGUAUGGAAGAAAGGCAGAAAAUUGAAUUAUAAGGGCAGGAAAGGACAACUGUGGAGAAAAGGUAGAAAAUGGAAGAGACCCAAAGGGAGAAAAGGGGUAUGGAAAAAAGGCAGCAAGCGGAAACGUAGGCAUAAAAAGGUCAGAAAAGGAGGAAUCAAGAAAAGAGGUGGAAAGUGGAAGAGGCACAGUGGGCCAAAAGGCAUAUUGAAGAAAGGUAUGCAGUUGAAACACAAGGUCAAGAAAAGUAGAAAUAGACAACUAUGGAGAAAAGGUAGAAAGAAGAAGAGGUACAAGGGGAAAAAAGGAGUAUGGAGGAAAGGCAGAAAUUGGAAACGCAGGGAUAGAAAGGUCAGAAAAGGAGGACUGCAGAGAAGAGGUGGAAAAGGGAAGGGGCGCAAGGGGAAAAAAGGCGUAUGGAAGAAAGGCAGUCAUUUGAAACGGAAGGUCAGGAAAAACAGAAAAGGACAGGUAUGGAGGAGAGGUAGAAAGAAAAUGCCCAUGGGGAGAAAAGAAGUAGGGAUAAAAGGCAGAAAAUGGAAACGUAGGGGUAGAAAGAAAAGGGAUGUGCGGUCUAGGGAAAAUAAAAGAUAUCUGAGGAUAACGGAAAGUGGGCGACAAUCUGAGAUCACAGAUGAUAGAAAAAGAAGGAACCUUGCAUUAUCACAUUUCUGGGAAAGAGAUGUGACAAACUGCCCACCAAGUUACACAGCCUCAACAAAGGGGCACUACUGUUUCCUGACUUCCACAAUGCACCUGCCAGUUUAUUCUGCAAAAGAUUAUUGCAGACGGUACAAGGGAGCACAGGUUGCCAUAGACAAUGGGGACAAACAGAAAGCUGUCCAGGCUUUCUUGAAGCGGAACCAUUAUGAUGAUGAACUGGUUUGGUUAUCUCCAAUCAGAACAAUAGAAGGGGCCAAGGUGUGGGAGAGUAACUUGAAACCAGUCUCUAUGUACAACAGGUUCAAGUCUAAUUAUAUUCCAAGAGAGAAUUCCUGUGUUCUGUUCCAAGUGUUUACUGGAAAGUGGAUUAACCAGCCAUGUAUCCAGUCUUCACAGUCUGGAUAUAAACAGUCAUACCGUGUAAUCUGUGAACCAAGUCAGCCUGCAUAUAUUUCAAAUGGACAAAAUGUUGUAAGGAAGGAGACAGCCAACCAUGUGCUCAAGAAGCGGGAGGAAAAUGGAAGUGACAGUUCUAUACCUUCUGGUGGUAUAUGGAAACCAUUUAACUUGUUAAAACAAGGGACACUGCAUAGUGUUGAAAUGCUGAAGUCAUUUCUGAACUCAAGAUCUAUGUCAAAGUAAAAGUGCUUGAUUGUCAAUAUUAUUGUGUUACCAGUACUUAAAAUGCACUGAAUGAUCCAUGUUUUAUGCAAUACUUUUGCAGAAAAAAGAUCUUUCUUUUUUAAAGGAGAACAUUUUUAUAAGCAGUUUCAUCAAAGUAGAAAAACAAGGUUAUUUUGCUUUGUGAACUUGCUCAUUAACAUAAUUAUGCCACAGUUAGGCUAAGUGAAAGCAAGAUGUUUUGUGAACAAGACUUGACUGAUUGAAAGUUCCAAGAUCUAAAUAUUUUCAGGGGGAAAAAAGCUUAAUAGUACCUUUAGGUUUUUCUGCUGAAAAAAAAAAAAACAUUUUAAACUGUGUUUCAGUCUGACAUGGAUAGUUUUGCAGUACUGUUAACAUAAUAUUUCAGUUUGUAUGACAAAUGUGACAUGACAGAUCAGUUUGCAUGGAGACAGUUUGAAUAGUAGACAUGGAAUGACCAGCAAGAACAAAAUGUUAAAUGAGCUAAUAAGUGAUAAAACGUGCAAGUCCCUGACUGCAAUACAGAACUUAACAGUAUGGUCAAACUUAAUGCAGUAAUUUGUGUUUGUGUAAUGGUACAUCUGGUUGGUCUAGUAUCAUUUUAUUAUGGCUAAUCCAGUUUAAUUAAGACUGUCUAUAUAUGGGCUAGCAGUUGAAAAUGAUUUAUUGGUGCAGAUGCUCUUUUAAAUUGAUGUAUAUGUAUUUAGACAUGUGACGUUACUGCUACCUCAGUUUACUGCUGACACUUGUUUUCACAUCUUUCAAUUCCAAGUUAAAGUGCAGGUAGUGAAGUCUAAUAAAAAGGAUAUGAUAAAUGAAAAAAUCUUAUUUAAAAGAAAAAUAAGUAACCUGAGCCUUCAUUUGUAAAUGCUCUCUUGCCUGAAAGUAUUAAAACAUAAAAUCUCAAUUUGUCUGAACUAUGAAUUAUAAUACGGUAAUAAUGAAUUAUAGUGCUGAAAUAUUCACAUGAUUUUAAGCAGGUAAUAGAUUUAUUUAAAGAGUGUAAGUAUCUUAAAUAAAGAAUAACAAAAUAAAAAAAUGAACUUUAUUUGGAAGAAAAUAGAUUUAAAUUCAAGACAUGGAGCAUUGAUGAAUCUAGGCAUAGAUGAGAACAAAUUUAAGGAAACAAACAUGUAGAGUAUGUUGCAAAGUCCAUUGAACAGUAUACUUCCUGUCUUCAGACUUAGUGUCUUCCCUGUUAAGGUCACAAAUUUACAGUGUUGUGUUAGGUCACAAAUUGGAAAUGCACAGACAGAUAUCAUGUCUGUCUUCAUUUUUUUGUCUUCAAGGCCAAUCCUUAAGGUUAAAGCUGAUGACACUGAUAUAAAGAAAAUUGCUUCCAGUUGUACUUUUGCUCCAAACUUUCAAAUUUGUGAUAUACAAAUGAAUGUUAACUAUUCAGUGUACAUAGUAUUCUAGGUUGUACUUAUUUUGAUGUUUACAUAAUUAUCAGGUACUCGUAGGGAACAUCCCAAUAGACUGUGAUAUAUAAGAAAUAUUUAAGCUUGGCCAGUUUUAGUAUUAUUGUUUGGGUUUCAAGUACACACUAAGCACUGAACAUAAGGGAACAUCCCAACAGACUGUGAUAUAUAAGAAAUAUUUAAAUUUGGUCAGUUUCAGUUGUAUUGUUUGGGUUUCAAGUACCCCAGGGGUCCUGAAAUAAGCUGUCCGAGUUGUCCGAUUCGUGGAUUCCUCGGUCCGGACAAUCAGUUUUUAGAAGCUGGCUUGUCCGGGGACAAGUAAAAUUUCCGUGGUAAACAUUUUAUGAAAACGAAACUAAUCGGCGUCAUCUGUGAUUUCCGCAUGUCUAAAGGCAAUAUCUAAUCUGUUUGUGAUCAUUUAUGACCCUUAAAUUAUCAAAACAAAAAUGUAUGCAGCCAUUUAUAGACACGUGGACUGGUUUACUACAUUUAAUGAUAAUUAUUGGAAAAUUAUACCGUGAAGUUGAAAAUGAGUGCCAGUCUGGGGAUUCCCGUCAUCUACUUUCAUUUUUGAUUUUCAGAAAAUCGAUUAGCUAGGUUGGCGCUAUGUAAAAAAGUUUAGUAGCCAAAAUUGUGGCUUAAUUUUUCGAGUCGAUUGUUUUGACAUUUAACAACUCGGACAGCUUAUUUCAGGACCCCUGAAAGACCAGUGCAGUAUUCAGUGAAUGUUAUGGGACCAGGGUAGAAAUUCUAGGCAUACUGAGAUUAUUUUUGUCAAUGGCAUGUGUUCAAGUGUUCAUAAUUAUUCUCUACUCACUAAACUUGCUAGUCAUAACAUAUUUUCAAGUGGAUGUUCUAGUCACUUAGCUUGCUAGUCAUAACACAUUUUCAAGUGGAUGUUCUAGUCACUUAGCUUGCUAGUUAUAACAUAUUUUCAAAUGGAUGGUUCUCAAAAUAGAAGUCAGCAGAAGUGUAUGUUUGUAUUAUUUGUUUAUUUAGUAAUGAUAAUGCUGAUACUUUCCUUUUAAACUAAAAAGUACGGACAAGUUCUUCUUUGGUACGGACAAGUGGAUUUGUGGGCCCAACUUGUCCCUGGACAAGUAGACUCUAAAGAUAUUUCAGGACCCCUGUGUACCCACUGUGCACUGAACAUAAGGGAACAUCCCAACAGACUGUGAUAUAUAAGAAAUGAUGGUCAGUCAUUGUUUUCUUGCUUGCAUUUCUAGAACCUUUUUAUACAGUGAAUGUAAGGGAACAUCCCCAAUAUUCAAGCUUUUUUUGCUUGUACUUUUGUAAAAUGUAAUGAACAUUAUCAUGGGAACAUUCUCAUAGACUGUGAUAUAUAAUAAAUAAUUAAAGGGAAUUCCUAUAGUUUUUUAUGCGCAUCUUUCUGCGCAGCCGACACUUUCUAUGGAAAACUGAACUGAAGUCACAUGUUACAGACAAUCUUAAAUAUGAGGAAUUUUGAAUGAAAUAACAUUUUUGAUAAGUUAUAUCAGUAUCAAAUGUUGAUACUGGUUUAUGUUGUAUUGACAAGUAUCAUGCCUGACAGGUAUCUUGCUAUUUUUGUGGUUGUGUUUUCACAUCGCAUUUUAGUACAAAGACAGUGUUGUUCAUAUAAUGUAAGAUAAUUGACUUAGUACUGAUAAGACAAUAUCACCUUUCAGAGUAUUUAGUAUUCAAUUAUAGAAAUAAUUAAGAAUUUUCAGAACUUUUUUUUUUAACUUUUAGCAGACAUACAUGUAAUCAAUUUGGCCAGGUUCGCGCCAUUUCCGUCCGAACAGAUGUUGUAUUCUAGCGGUCUUAACAUAAAAAAUUUAGCCUGGUGACCCAUACAUUUUUAGCAAUUUUUAUACUCACAAUACAAUUAUCUAUACACAAGAAGAAAAAGAAAAAAUUCUAUGAAAGAGUUUUUUCAAAAUUAAAAAAAAAAAUUCUUCAUUAUGGGUAUUUUUCAUUGAAAAAAGUUCACAAAAGUAAAUAUGAAACAAUAUUUUUUUCAUUUGUACCCAUUAUUGUAAGGAUAGAGUAUUACAAAUAUGACUAUGAUAUCAAAUAAGUAUAUAAUACAAUCUGUAAAAAGAAAAAACCGUAUUUUGCUGCCUGGAUGUAUAUUUUGGUUGGUAUUUAUAAAAAAGCAGAAAAGUAUGAAAAUGUUGAAAAAUCGCUGGAAGUUUCAGCAACAGUGGGUGUUUUCAAAACAAUUUUUCACAAAAACAAGCCUGGUGACCUAUUGUUUUUCUUUGUUCAUUGUUUUCAGCACAAAUUUUCCUAUCAUAUAAUUAUGUGAAUUUAAAAAAAUUCUAUGAAAGGAAAAAAAAGGUAGGAAUUCUCUUUAAGCUAUUGUUAAUCUUUUCUAAAUGUUUUGUAAAUUAACCUGUUAGUAAGGAUUUUCUAUUAACAAAACUUUGGGCUUUAUGUGUAUCAAUAAAAUGGCUGUACUCA